GAGCUCCACGAGAGGAUGAAGAGACAGGCGCUGGCUGAGUUCGAGAGCUACCGUCAGAGGGUGGAGGACAUGCAGCUCUGCACUGAGGCUCAGCACACGCAGCGCGUGGUGUCCAUGUCGAGGGAGGUGGAGGAGAUGCGGCGGUCCUUCGAGGAGAAGCUGCGUACGUUCAGCCAGGCCCAGACCCAGUUCGAGCAGGAGAAGAGGGCUGCUCUGGAGGAGCUGAAGGCCCAGCACAGACAGGAGAUCCAGGAGCUCCUGCGCAGCCACCAGAGUCAGAACGCAAACUACAGCAAAGACCAGGAGAAACUGGGACAGCUCCACAAAGCCGAGGUGGACUCUCUGACGGAGCGGGUGGAGGAGCUCAAACAGGACAAGAAGAGACUGGUGGAGGAGUACGAGGCCAAGCUCAGCAAGGCUCAGGCCUUCUACGAGCGCGAGCUGGAGGCCAUGAAGAGAACUCAGCAGCUGACCGCCGACAACCUGCUGGCGUGGAAACGCACCGAGGCCGAGCUGCGGCGGGAGUUCCAGACUCAGGAGGCGGCCCUCCAGAAGACGCUGGGGAAGCUGAGGGCCGAGCUGGCCAGGGUGACCGACGAAGCUCGGGAGAGCCGGGAGAAGUCCCACAAGCUUCAGGCGUCGCUCACCACCGCUGAGAGCGCCGUCAAGGAUUUAACCAAGCAGCUGGACGAGGUGACCCAGAACUCUGAGAUCGUGGAGAUCCGUCAGAAGGAGGCUGAGUGCGAACUGGAGGCAGCCAGAGACCGGGUUCAGCAGCAAGCCACUGAGAUACUGCUCAAAGCCAGUCAGAUCAGCAGCCUGCAGGCCACCCAGAUGACCCAGGAGGCCGCCAUCAGGGACCUGGACAACGAGCGGAGCCGGCUGAAGGACAAAGUGCUGAGGAUGGAAGAAGAGAGGGAGUCUCUGCAGAGCCAGAGCCAGGCCCUGGACGAGAGGCAGAAACAACAGCUCCAGUCCCUGGAGAAGAAAGAGAACGAAUCUGAAUGCAGCGACAAGGUGGCCCACGAGAAGGACAUGAGCAACAUGCGGGCCCGGUCUGAAGAGGAGGCCAGCCAGAUGAAGGAGAGCCAGGCCCGAGCUCUGGAGGAAGUCGCCAAGAAGCACAGAGUGACCCUGGAGAACGCUCUGAACAACGCCGAGAAGGACAAGAACCGCCUGCUGGCUGAUCUGGAGCAGCAGUUUGAGAGAGAGCGCCUCUCGCUGGAGGAGCAGAAGACGCUUCUGAGGCAGCAGCUGGACGAGCUGAGGGAGGAGCUGACCUCCAAACUCACCGCAGCCAAUGAGGAGGUGACUCGGCUGCAGCAGGAGGUGCAGCAGGGGGAGCGGGACAUCGGAACGGCUGAGGGACAGAUCUCCACGCUGAAGGAGGCGCAGGACAAACUGCUGGAGGAGCUGGACGCUACCAGAGCCCGACUGAGAGAGACCAGCAACCUGCUGACUGCACUGCAGGGAGAGUUGGAGACCCAGAAGCGUCAGCAUGAAGCCAAACUCCUCACCACCAAAGAAGAAGAAAAACAUAAGAUGGACAAGAUGGCUCUGGAGCUGGAGCUCAAAUGGACUGAAACACUCAGGCAGGAGUGUAAGAAGCUACGCGAGGAGCUGAGAGAGGAGCACGAGGAGGACAAGGCCUCGGCGCUGGUUCAGCUGGCACAAAGCAAGGAGCAGGAGCUGAGCAGCGCCCGGGAGAGCUGGCAGAGGAAGGUGGAGGACCUGCUGGAACAGAUCUCCCUGCUGAAGCAGAGUCUGGAGAUGCAGCUGUCACAGUCGCAGUCGUCGCUGCAGCAGCUGCAGCACCAGUUCAGCCAGGAGAGGGAGCACCUGAGGAUGCAGCUGGACGAGCUGCAGACGGAGCACCAGAGGAGACAGCAGCGUCUGCAGGAGGUCCACUGCUGCUCCAUGCAGGACAUGGAGCACGCCAGGCAGAGGGACCUGAAGGAGCUGGAGGAGCGCCUCCGCCAUCAUCACCACGCGGAGCUGCAGUCUCUCAGAGAGGCUCACCGCCAGAGCAUCGAGACGCUCAAACAGCAGUCAGAACAGGAGCUGCAGACGCUCCGCUUUGAACUGGAGGACGAGGGCAAAGCCAUGCUGGCCUCUCUGAGAUCAGAGUUGAACCACAUCCACGCAUCAGCCAUCGAACACCUGAGACAAACCCACCAGCAGGAGUCCGCUGCCGCCAAGCUGGAGCUGGAGAAAACGCUGGAGGACAACCGGACGCAGGAGCGUGAGCUGCUGGGGAGGAUCACCGAGCUGCAGGAGGAGGUCUCCAGGAGGAAGAACCACAUCGCUCAGCUGGACCACCAGAUCCACACGCUCAACGAGAACAUCAGCACUCUGACCAAAGAGCUGGAGCUCAAGGGCAAGGAGGUGCUCAAGAUCCGCAGCGAAGCCAAUCAGCAGAUCAGGGCUCACGAACAGGAGCUGACGAAGAGGCACGAGAGGGAGCUCGCCGAGCUGAGCGCCGUCCACAGCAGAGAGACGCAGAACAUGCUGUCCGACUUCAACAAAGCCCAGGAAGUGCUGAAAGACAAGAUCUCCGCCCUGCAGAUUCUGCUGGAGGGGACGGAGGAGAAGUUCAGGAACAGGGAGAGUCGUCCCGAGGAUCUGCAGAUGAUCGCUGAGCUGAAGGACAUGGUGUCCGAGAGGGAAUCUCUGGUCAAGAAGCUGGUGGACGAUAAGAAGUUCUACCAGCUGGAGCUCGUCAACAGGGAGACGAACUUCAACAAAGUGUUCAACGCCAGUCCUAACGUAGGAGUCAUCAACCCGCUCAUUAAGCAAAAGAGAAAGAAUGAGAAAACAGCAGCCAGCAGAUUCAGCAGCUCUGCUAAUGUCAGGGCUAUGGAGGCAGCAGGUAUGGGCGUGGCAGGUUCAGGAAGUGGGCAGCCCCCACAGCCCCCACCCCCGCCCCCAGCCCAGCCCGGCCGACUAGAGCCCAUCCCCAACUCCCCCCUCCACCACCUUGAACUCAACUCCAACAAACCUCUUCCCCCGCCGACCCCUCCCACCGAACCCAAGAAAUUCAUGAGCCCUCCUGAAACGAAGGACUCCGCCAUCGACUCCCCGGACGCUCAGCGCCAGGAGUGGUUCGCUCAGUACUUUUCCUUUUGA